AACUCUAGCACAAAAGAAAUUAAACCAAAAACGAAAAAGCGAGAGAAAAGAGAAAAAGACAGUCUCUCAGGCUCUCCCCGUUCGGCGCCGAAGAGAGCGGUCGGGGAGAUCGCCGGCCGACUCCAGUCUCGAACUACUCGGCAGUCGGCACCGACCUCCAUCGAUUCACCUCUCCAGAGCACGACAUUCUGCUCGACCCAUUAACCAUUUUGACAGCAAGAAACGCUCCCGGCGAAAACCCAGUUGCUCGAUCUCUCCGUCGCGGGAAGAUCCCGACCUCCCUCGUCUUCCCGGCUCCGCGGUUGGCUCCGGAAUCACAGCCCCAUGGAAACUGCCGACAAAGCCGAAGAACCCAUCUACACCCGUUCUCCGAAGGUGGCUGGAACAGUCAACUGGGGUACUGCGACUGUUGUUGGAGUGUUUGCUGGCAUGUUAUAUGGAGGUGGCAAGGAGGCAGCUGCUUCUGUUAGCAAGGAUGCUGAAGUCAUGUUAAAACUUGGGAGCACACCCGACAAGCGUGAGCAGUAUCGACUAAUGAGGGAUGCAAUGGAGAAAAGGUUCAUUCGAGUUACACGUGGCUCCAUCAUUGGUGGAGUGCGCCUCGGGGUGUUUACUGCUGCAUUUUAUGGGUUGCAAAAUCUGCUAGCUGAGAAACGAGGAGUUCAUGAUGUUUUUAACAUAGCUGGAGCUGGUUCGGCCACUGCUGCGACCUUUGGUUUGAUCUUACCAGGAUCACUAAAGUGGCGUGCGAGGAAUGUUGCUCUUGGUGCCGCUCUUGGGGCUGCAGUUUGCUUUCCACUUGGUUGGCUCCAUUUGAAGCUGGUGGAGAAAGCAAAUGAAGGGAGUUUGGCUGCUUCCCGUGAUAUGGAUCAAAGGGAAGGGGCAAGGAGUGGUGUCGGGGCUGCAAUUGAUAGGCUUGAAGGGAACUUGAGCAAAUAAAUGAACUAACCAUGGCCUCUGAGUUUGCCAAUAGCCUCUUUCCAAGCCUUGUUCGUGGUCACCGGGUCAGAAGAUGGCCAAGCCCGAAAAGGAGAAGUGAAUAAUAAAGAGAGACAGCUAGUUAGACAGAAAAGGAAUUAAUGCUUGUUUUCGCGUUGUGCAGAAAGAUCCCUUUAAGGUAUGAUAGUAGUUUUCUGAGCUUGGUUUGUCUCUCCAUACAUCAUUAUCCAAUUUUGUUUGUCCUAGUCCAGUUUAUCUCUAACCAUGUGUGGGGGCACGAAAACACCCUGUUUCAAGACUUAUUCAUAUUUUGCAAAACUACCAUUUUUGAUUGUCCUAA